GCUUCUGUUAUGAAUUGAAAAGUCAGGAUAUGAGUUCCAAAGCAGACGCUCUAUGAAGACUUCUAAAGAACACAUUAGCUCCUAGUUAUGAUGUCAAAGCAAAGGGCUAGUUCUACACCAUAGCAUCUCCCGACAAUUCACUGCUAACACAAUCAAACACCAGGACGCAUGCAAUGUGAGCCUAUUAUGGAUAUUUUGCUUCAGUGACAGUGGUCUUUUCCACGGGCAGGGAAAAGCUGCCUUUAUUUCUUUCUCAUGACUGCAAGAUUUCUGAUACGCUCGCUUUCUGGACAAAAACCACCCAAGCAGCUGUAAAGUUCAAACAGGAAUGAUUUGCCAAUUCCAAGGAUGUUAACAGUCGAGUGGGAGUCUGAAGGACUGCAAACGGUGGGAAUCGUUAUGAUCAUUUGUGCAUCUCUGAAACUGCUGCAUCUUUUGGGGCUGAUCGACUUCUCCGAAGACAAUGUUGAAGAUGAAAUGGAAAUGGCCACCGUGCGACAUCGCCCUGAAGCGCUUGAGUUGCUGGAAGCACAGACAAAAUUCACAAAGAAGGAGCUUCAGAUUCUGUACAGAGGAUUUAAAAAUGAAUGUCCCAGUGGGGUGGUUAAUGAAGAAACCUUCAAAGAUAUCUACGCACAGUUCUUCCCACAAGGAGAUGCUUCGACUUACGCACACUUUCUCUUUAAUGCUUUUGACACAGACCACAACGGAUCUGUAAGUUUUGAGGAUUUUGUAAUGGGUCUUUCCACAUUGCUACGAGGGACAGUGCACGAAAAGCUUAACUGGGCAUUCAAUUUAUACGAUAUCAACAAAGAUGGAUAUAUAACUAAAGACGAAAUGCUUGAUAUAAUGAAGGCAAUUUAUGACAUGAUGGGCAAAUACACGUAUCCUGUUGUUAGAGAGGAAACACCAAAACAACAUGUGGAGAAUUUCUUCCAGAAAAUGGAUAUUAAUAAAGAUGGAGUAGUUACUAUAGAGGAGUUCAUAGAAAGCUGCCAAAAAGAUGAAAAUAUCAUGUGCUCUAUGCAGCUGUUUGAAAAUCUGAUUUAGCACACGUGUGUUAGCUAUGAAGAAAAGACAUUCGAUCUAUUUUUGUCAAUGAUUUGAAGCUGCAAUUUCCAUCUUACCACAAAUAGACUGUUCAGCUUUACACUAAGUCAUAUAUUAUGCAAAACAGCUUUUUGGAUUGUGUUUUUUGUUUUUGUUGUUUUUUUACCGACGCCUUUCUAAAAUCAGUUUUAAUGGCAUACAGUGGGACAUUUGCAUUUUCACGCAAACCAUAGUUUUUUUUCACUACGCUUUAUUUAAAAAGUGGCCAAUAUUAGCUUAUAGUAAUUAAUAAAUUGUUAACAACAGUGUACUUUAUAAAACACAGUAUUUCAUGCUAUGACGGACAACUGCCUGAUCCUUGCUUACUAUGGUAAGUUACAUCACUGGCUUCUUACCAUAUAUUUAGUACAAAUAUAAAGGACAGUGAUCUCAUCAAAGAGAGGUAAAGUGUUCUCUAUUAUCUUUCCAUAAAAUGUGCCUGAAAUUAGAAAAGUCACAAACAAAAAAACAAAAACAUAAUAAACUAAACAGUAUAUGUUUGGCCAAUGGUCCUCAUGAUAUUUAUGAUUUUUCGCUUGCAUAAGCUGUGGACUUUUUUUCCAAUUGAGUUCUGAAGAAUGUAUUUUGUUCCAGUAUAGUAUUAUUUUAAAUGCACUUAUUGGGGGAAGAAAAUUUACUUUUUAACUACUACAUUAAUAAACAGUUAUAAUAAAUGAUUUGAAUAGUUGGAAGACAAAAUAUGGUGCCACCUUGGCCCAGCAGCAUUAUUUAUUAUGCUCCAAAUACACCAGAUUUCAUACCCCAUUACUGCCAAAUGCAGUCAAAGGUUACAGCGUCCAUCUCAGCCCAAUACUUUUACCUAUUAAUACCAAGGGAAUUUAAGAAAUCCGAGGUAAGUAAAAUGCCCGUAUCAGCUACCAUGCGUACCAGCCAAGUUUCCUACGAUAAUCUGUUGUUUCUCUGCACAUGUAGGAAACCGGGACAGCUCUUAUGGAUUCUGACAUUAGUGCCACUAUCACAGGUCUAAAUAGCAGACACUGUGAUUUAUUGAGAUCCUUUGUGUUUGAUAGACACAGGCAUCAUUUUUAGUUUAUCACCAAAUAAACACUUUCUCAUGUCCAAAGCGUCAAUUUCAGAAAAAGAUAACAAUGCUGUCUGCAGAUAAAAAACUUCAUAUUGAAAAAAUGUGAUAAGCAUCAGCAAAUAUUCUGGUGUGUUUAUGUACUGUAAGCCAUAGCAGCUGAUUAGAAUAAAAAUGAUCUUUACUAUGUAUAA